UCGUCCAAUCAGGAACCACCCGGAAGUGAGCGGAGGCUGCUCCGGAUUCCGCGUGGCUUUGCUUAGUUCCACCCACGUGGAAUGCAGGAGGGACCAAGCAGAAGAUGUCUGAAGAUGCAGAGAGAGAAGCAGGCAUGGGAGACUCCGAGAGAGAAGAUGGGGAGGCUCUUGCUAAGGAAGGGAGACCACGAGGGAAGAAAAGGUCUCUUGCUGCUGAGGGCGUCCUGCAACCGGUGAAGCUUUGCAAGGCUGAACUAUACAAGCCGCCCACCAACGAGGAGCUGACACGCCUGAAGGAAACAGAGAGCCUGUUUCACUCCAACCUUCUGCGCUUGCAGAUUGAGGAGCUUUUAAAAGAGGUGACUCUCAAAGAGAAGAGGAAGCAGAAAAUCGACUCCUUCCUCCGCGAAAUCAAUGCCUUGCUGAGCACAGUCCCAGAGACCCCGCAGAGAGACAUCACCAAUCAGUCCUGGCUCCCCAGUGGAGUGAAGGUCCCCCUCCAGCAGCUUCCUUUCUGCGUCAAGGGCCACUUUCGCUUCCUUCCCCCCGAGGUGAAAGUGGUGGGGAGUUACCUGCUGGGCACCUGCAUCAAGCCUGAGGUCAAUGUGGAUGUGGCAGUGACGAUGCCCAAGGAGAUCUUCCAGGACAAGGACCACCUAAACCAGCGCUACCACCGCAAGAGGGCUCUCUACCUGGCCUGCUUGGCUCAGCACCUGGCCAAGAAGAAGCUCUUUGGGGCCGUGAAGUUUGCCUACGUCAACGGCAACCACCUGAAGCCGGUCGUGCUCCUGCAGCCGCAAGGGAAAGACAUGAAGUUGGUGACUGUCCGCCUCUACGCCUGCCCUGCCCAGGGCGUCUUCAAGACCAGUCGCCUGCACCCCAGCAAGAACAACGUCCGCACGGCUUGGUUCACGGAGAAGCGCUCCCCUGUCGCAGGAGCCUCGGAGCCACCGACGCCACACUACAACAACUCCAUUUUGUGGGACCUGGUCCUGGAGUCCAGCCUGCUCUUCCUCUCGGAGGCAGCCCAUGACUUCCAAGGCAUGCGAGACGGGGUGUCUCUCCUCAAAGUGUGGCUGCGCCAACGUGGGCUUCACCAGGGCCUUGGGUGCUUCAAUGGCUUCAUGGCUUCUAUGCUGGUGGCGUAUCUCUUGGAGAAGCACAAGAUCAACAAAGUGAUGAGCGGAUACCAGGUGUUGAGGAACAGCCUUCAGUUCUUAGCUGCCACAGACCUCAGUACAUCUGGAAUCAGCCUUUCAAAGGAUGGAGUUUCCUCACUGCCUACCCUGGCGGACUUCCACGCAGCGUUCCAGGUGGUCUUCGUGGACCCUUCAGGGUUGGUCAACCUGUGCGCAGACAUGACGGCCUCCACAUAUAAGCAGAUCCAGUUCGAAGCCAAGCACUCCAUGGAGAUUCUGGAAGACCAAACGAUGGAUGGCUUCCAUUUGCUGCUCAUGACCCCCAAGCCUCUGAUCCGAGCCUUUGACCACGUGUUCCACCUUAAGCACGUCUCCAAGCUGCAGGCAGCCUGCAAGAAGAUGCAGCUGCUCAACGAGCUGAUGGAUCGCGGCGGGAAUUACGUGGCGGCAACUCUGCCUUUCCUCAUCGGCUUGCUGGAACGAGGGCUGUCUCGGAGGAUCCUGUUGCUGACGCAUGCGCUGCCCCAGACUCAACCAUGGCCAAUUGACGCUGAUCCCCCCAAACACAAAGACAUCGGGUCCCUGUCAUUUGGACUUCUGCUGAACCUUGAAUUUGCAGGCAGCAUCCUUGAGAGGGGACCUGGAGGGGACAGACCAGAGGCGCUGGAGUUUCGGCAGUUUUGGGGGAAGCGAUCGGAGCUGAGGCGUUUCCAAGAUGGCGCCAUCUGCGAGGCCGUUGUGUGGGAUGCGCCAAACAUGAGCCAGAAGCGGCUUAUUUCUGAGCAGAUCAUUCGCCACCUCUUGCAGUUACACAUGGACAUUCCGGAAACUUCCAUCUGCUACACAGGUGCCCUGCUGGAGCCUGUGAUCAAGAUGGGGCGUGAACCGGCAGGUACUGGCGAGGAGGCCAUGUUGAGCGUUGUCCGCUCGUACGACGACCUGAGCCGCAAGCUGUGGAAACUGGAGGGGCUGCCGCUGACGGUGACGUCCGUGCAGGGAGCUCACCCUUCCCUCCGAUACACCGAUGUCUUCCCUCCGGUGCCCGUGAAACCAGAUUACGCCUACCACGCCAGGAUCGAGGGCCGGGAGUCUCUUCUGCCCUUGGCGGAGAAGCCGUGCCCGGUGUAUUUAGCACCAAUGAAAGUGAUCUGCCACAUGGAGGGCAGCGGCCAGUGGCCUCAGAGCAAGGAAGCCAUCCGGCGGGUCAAGGCCGCCUUCCAGCUGCGGCUGGCAGAACUUCUCCACCAGCAGCACCAUCUGCUCUGCAGGGCUUCGCCCGCCUACACGGACGUGUAUAAGGACGGCUAUGUCUUCCGCCUCCAAGUAGCCUAUCACCGAGAGCCCCAAAUCCUGAAGGAAGUGGUAACCCCCACAGGCAUGCUGAAGCACGAGGUGACGGAAGAAUCCGUGCAGCUGGAAGUGGAAACCUUGCACCUACCAUUCUUGACCAGCUCACUUCACGGCCUCCAGCAGCAACAUUCUGCUUUCAGCAGCUGCUGCCGUCUUGCCAAGCGCUGGAUCAGUGCUCAACUGCUGAGCGACAGCGUCUUGGAGGAAUGCGUGGACUUACUGGUGGCCUCCCUCUUCCUGUCCCCAGCACCCUUCACUGUGCCCAGCUCCCCGCAAGUGGGAUUCCUUCGGUUCCUUUUGCUGCUCACCACUUUUGACUGGAAGAACAGCCCCCUCAUCGUCAACCUGAAUGCUGAGCUGAACGAUGCAGAUUACGUGGAGAUCAGGAACCAUUUUGUGGCCGCCCGGCCGCACCUCCCCGUCAUGUUCAUCGCCACCCCCAGGGACCGCCGGGACUCUGCGUGGACCAAGGAGAAGCCUUCUGCGCAGGUCCUGCAGCGCCUCUUGGUUUUGGCUCAGGAAUCUCUUCAGGUUUUGGAGAAGCAGCUCAUGGACCCUCUGGGAAGCCAGGAUGUGAAGAUGGUCUUCCGCCCUCCUCUGGACUUCUACGACGUCCUCAUCCACCUGAACCCCAAGCAGAUCCCGAGGCACCUGGAGGCAGUGGACCGGCCGGCCAAGUCCUUCUUCCGGGGAACGUUGAAAAGCAGUGCAGCUGUCAAAACCUUAGCUUUCCCGGUGGUGGAUUACGACCCGGCUCAGCUGUACCUCCGAGAGUUGCAGGUAAGCAGGAGCUGGGGAAAAAUAACGCAAGCGGAUGUUACGGGCUCACUGUAAUCAUACAAGGGAGCU